CAAUGUCUUGAGAAACUUCCUAAUUUUUUUUUCACUAUUCACCAUGGGUAGUUUCUUGCCCCUCCUCCUCAAUCUGUUUGUGGCUGCUGGCGGAGUACUCGGAUUCAAUCCAGAGAGGAACAGAUUCCUUAAUCCAGCACCAGGCGGACGAAACCCCGUCUGGUUGAUUGGAGAACAACAGGUAAUCUCGUGGAAAACGGAAUUCACAGUCUACAACAUAUCGAUUUGGCACCAAUAUCCCACCAAUGAUGGAGCAACUUUUGGCAGCGUUUUGUACUCGGCCUCGAGUAGGGAUGCACCGACGAACUUCACCUGGACCGUGCAGACCUACGAUUUCGACUUGAGCUUCUCAAAUGUGUUCUUCUUCUGGUUCAAUCGAGGCGCUCCCAAACACUUUAUCUCGCACUACUUCAAUAUAACCACAGAUGAGUCUAUCACAUCAACAAGGUCAAUUUCUACCACGUCGGACCAGACCGGUAUCUCUAUUACUGUACCUUCUACUACAACACCCAGUCCAUCGGAUGCGACUAUAGAACCGCAAGCGGCAGAAGGGCUAAAUUCAAAUGCAAAGGUUGGAUUAGGCGUCGGAGUGGGCAUCGGUGUCCCGAUAAUAUUACUUCUUGCCUUCGUUGCAUUCGGUAGAUACUUCAGAAGACCCAAACCUUCAUACCAUGAAUCAUUUCAACCGCAUAUGCGAGAGGUCCCGCGGCGACCACAGCAGGAGGUAGCAGAACUAGCAUCCAAGCACAAUGCAAACGAGAGCGACAACUUUGUUGAGCUAGAUGGAUCUGCGACGCAGGAGAUGCAAGAUACUCACUACAAGUGAUUCGAUGUUCUUGUGAGCUACCCUUUUGUUAGAAGCGCAAGAAAAAGUAAAAAGCUUUAGGGGUGUUCUUUGAGAUAUAGGGUGUUUUGUGGCGCACUUAUCAUGGACCGCCCUGCUGAAUAGAUGAGCUCUCAGGGCUUGAACAUUGUGAUACCUUAUGGUAAUUAAUUAUUCACAAGAAUAGAUGGGGGGAUGUAACUACAGAGUACAGUAUAAAGUUACAUGAUAUUUAAAUGAAAACUAGCUUUCCAUCUACA